GCGAUUGGAUGUAUUAAGACAAUGGUGAACAAAGCAUGUAGUUCUCAUAAGUAUUGUGCUGAACAAUUGCAAAAUUAUAACAGGCAUUCUGUGAAAGCAGCAGCAUGUACAUAUUCAACUAAGGACUGUGAUCUCUUGAACAGCAUUAAAAAUUCAAAUAGAUCUCGCAGCCCAUCACCACCUCCACUAUCACCUGUACAGAGUAAAGAAUUUGAAUCAUCAGAAGGAUCGGUUAUAGAUUUUCCAACUUUAGACAAUAACAAGCUUGAAAUAUCCAUCAACCAGCCUCCAUCCCUCUUGCCAGCUGAAGGAAGCAAAGGAGAAUUUGAAUAUGAAGGUAAAACACGCAGAGGAAAAGAGACUGAAUAUUCAGAUGGAACGUUGCUAUCAACAGACCAAGAAAGCAACAAUUAUUAUAUAAAUUCUGAGAAGGCUGAGAAAGGUGAACAUUCUGCCAUUUUUCAAGAUUUAAUGGACCGUAUUAAUGAAAAGUUAAAAUCAAUAGACACUACAGAUAUAGCAACAAAUCUUAUAAAACUUUCUAGCAGUGACAGGGCACCAGAAAAUGAUGUCAAAUUAGGAGACUUCAUAACCUCUCUUUUGCAUAAUGCUAAGGCAAGUGAUUACAGCUUUAUGGAAUUACUUCACCAACAUGAUAAACAAAUGGAUAAUAAAAUUAUCCAAACAAGAUUUCGCAAGCGUCAGGAAACUUUAUUUGCAAUGUAUAAUUCUCCUGAUUCACCAUUCAUUCGACGACAGUCUUUGCAAAUCAAGAGGGAGCUUGCAAGCCUUGAUGAAAGUCUUGUAAGAAAAAACUCCGGCUUUCUAGUUCUUUCAGAAAACAGUGCUAUUGCAGCCAGCCAGGCGGAACUCGCAAAAACACAAGGAGAUUUUGCAACCUUAAAAGAGACUGAUCAGAUUCCUCUAAAGGAUGAGAAUAAUGGAAUCUUGGGCAGAACUAAACGUAACAUCGUGCCUCCUGGAUGGUACUCUGUGUAUGUAACAAACAAUAUUGUGUUUAGAAAGUCAUCCAAUACAAAAAAGUCUUUAGAAAGUUUGGAAAAAAUGAAAAUAAAUAAAGAUGUUCAUACUGAAAGAUGCAGUGACAUAAAUAUAAGAAAAAUUAUGAGAGACACAAAUCUGCAAGUUGUUGUAGAGCGUUUAGAAGAUACAAUAAACUUAGCCAGAAAGACUAACAACUCAUUACUGGAUAGUUACAAAAUAAGCCAAAAAUUAAAAGGUAAUGCUUAUGAACAGGUUAUGAACCCAGCUGCUAGAAGAGGCUUACCUUUCACUCUGAAUGAAAUGGGAUGCACAGGACAAAGCUUCCUCCCACAUUCACAUGUGCCAAGCAGCAGUAAAAUCAAAACUGUGUGUGUGACAACAAACAAACAAGAAAUGGUUAUAGAUCAAGAAAGUAAUGACAGCCUUUUGAAAUCUCUGACUUUUGAUUCAUCCAGUUCAACUUCCAAUAAUGGGGACUCACAUACAACUUCUGAAGCUGGGGAGAUCUCAUCUCCCUUAAACUACUCUAGUCCUAUUAAGCUUAUGUUUGUCUCGGAGGUUAAUAGUAGUGAAGGAGUCAAAUAUACUUUGACAUCUGCAGCUGCAUCUUCUAAAGGAAGCACAGAUAUUUGUUUGUUUCAGGGGCACACAAACACUUUGUUAGACAAACAGGCCACAGGAGAUCUUUCUCAUGCAAUCUGUGCCAAGGAUUGUGAUUACAGUGAAAAUGAUACCAAGGAGCAGUCAAGUUGUGUUUAUCCGGAAGCGAUUACAAGUUCUUGUCCAGUUGGUCAAACUAACAUAAAUGACUCGAAACAAAAUCACGAAGUUGUGGAGAAAUCAAGCAGUAGCAGUGAAUCGGUUUUAAAAAGAAAACCUGGUAGACCGAAGAAAAUAGGUCCUCAAGUUGUUAAGCAGGUUAAGAGACCUAUUGGACGGCCUCCAAAACCAAAAAUAGACAUGACUGAAAGCACAGAACCUAGACCUGAACUUAGCAGUGAUGGUAAAAGUACCAAAUCUGAUGUAGCAGUAAUGGAAGAAGUUAACAGCAACAAAAAUAUUACUGUGACAGUUGUUUUUGGAAGGUCAAGAAGAACUAAGAGACAUGUUUCUGAAGGUAAUCUAAAUGUAAUCAAGAUUCUGCCCACACAACACAUUGAUUCUAAUUUUGCCAGUGACCAGGGCAAAGCAAGACACAAUGCAGAAACUGAAAAUGCUUUGACUGAAAUAGUAAAAGCCUUACAGAAUUCUUCUACUGAAAACGAGGUCUCUGGUUAUGACUAUGUUAGACCUACCAAGAGUAACCUAGCAUCACCACAUCCUUGCAGCAAUAUUAUACGGCCAAUUAAGAAACCGUUAACCACCAUUCGAAAACCCGGUAGGCCAGCAAAAGUAAAAAUCUCUGGCAUAUCAGUGACUGUUAAUAGAGUUUCACCUCAGGAAAGAAAAGUGAGUAUUAGCAACUGUUUGCCUCCUUUACAACAGCAGAAUGUGUUAGAAAAAAACAUACCACAGGAGAGAAAAAAUCAACUGUGCAAUAAUAUGGGUCAAGUAAAGAGCAUGCAGAAAGAUUCUAGAGAGGAUGGAUCAAACAAUAUUAUUACAACAGUGUCAAGAAAACGUGAAAUUCCAUUGAGACAUUCUGCUAGAGACAGAAAACCCUCGCUGCAUUUUUUACAUUCAUUAGCAUCUUCUAGUGCAUUUACUUGUAGAAGUGCCUUACUACAUAAAUCUUACAAACUCCAUUUGAAAAAAGCUAAAGAUCGAAAGGAAAAACACAGGCAAUCAAAUCAGAGCACAGCAUCCAAAGAUACCUCAGAACUGAGAAAUUCAGGAAAUGCAAAAAAGGAUCUUAAGGAUGGUGAAUUCAGGCCCAUUAACGAAGUAUCAUCAGAUCCCAUUUUUUCAUCAAAUCCCUCUCUCAGGUGGUGGGCCAGUUCCACUUCAAGUGACACUUUGUUGGAAGAACUAAAUAAUAGAUUUGAACAGAUAACUAAUACCUGGUUGCGAGUGGGGGGAACUGAGUUUGAUAAAUGUGUAUGUGAAAAAAGGGAUCCCAUUGAACAAGACUGUAAUUCUGAAAUGGCAAACCCUUUAGACUCCUGCCUUGUAGAACUUGAAACAUCACCUAUAAAAAUGCUUUUUCAGAAAAAGUGUAAUAUGAAUGAACUCUGCACCUGGUUUAUGCAAACUACAGAAACACAGUCUCUCUCUCUAGUGAGAAAGGCAAAUGCUCGCAAUCCUUUAGAAGUAGUUAGUACUAGAGAGAUAAAGAUGGAAACUAAACAAUCUGAUCUUACUGUUGAAAGUAAAAGCAAUCAGGCCUAUACAGAAGAAAAAAGACAUCCUCUUUUAAGGUCCCAUUCUACUAAGCAAAAUGCAUUAAAGAAACAAGAAAAUGAAAUGGAAUCAUCUAAAGGAUCUAAUUCUUCUAAAGUGACUGAAAGGCUGGAUGACCAAUUUCACAGCAGAAAAUUAAGUAGUGGUGUAAACCAUGAUGAUAAUCCUGCUAGUAGUUCUGAAGUUCUUAACAGAAUAAACAAAAGAAAAAGUCCACAAUGGGAGACCACUGAUACAAAUAUAAGAAAAAGGCAUAAGAGACAAUCAUGCAGUAGUGGACAAAUGGCAACUUAUUACCCAAAGUACCAAGUAG